AUGCAAGGUCCGUUUUUUCAGUGGGUUUUGAGUCGAGUCCUAGUUUUUGUUCACGAGAAGAUUAAUGGUCGCAUAGAAAUAUCUUCCCUUCAUUAUUUUGUCUUCAUAUCUGUCGUUUACUUUUCCUUUCAUCCUUUCUUUCUUUUUCUUUCUUUUCUUUCUUUUUUCCUUUCAUUCUUUCUUUCUUUUUUCCUUUCACUCUUUUUUCCUUUCAUUCUUUCUUUUCCUUUCACUCUUUUUCCUUUCAUCCUUUCUUUCUUUUUCCUUCUUUUCUUUCUUUUUUUCCUUUCAUUCUUUCUUUCUUUUUCCUUUCACUCUUUUUUCCUUUCAUUCUUUCUUUCUUUUUCCUUCUUUUCUUUCUUUUUUAUUUUCAUUCUUUCUUUUUUCUUUCAUUUCUCUCAUACUUUUCUUUUUCUCGUUCUUUCUAUCGUUAAUCUUUCUUUACUUUUUUCAUAUGUUGACUGUUUUUUCUUUCUUUCUUUCUUUCUUUCUUUCUUUCUUUCUUUCUUUCUUUCUUUCUUUCUUCACGCUAGAAAAAGAUCUCUCUAUCUUUUUUUAUCUAUCUAUCUAUCUAUCUAUCUAUCUAUCUAUCUAUCUAUCUAUCUAUCUAUCUAUCUAUCUAUAUAUCACCUUCUCUCUGACUCUUUCUGUCACAUAUCCCUUUAUCUCAUUCUCUCUCUCUCUCUCUCUCUCUCUCUCUCUCUAUCUAUCUAUCUAUCUAUCUAUCAGCUUUUCUCUGUCUCACUGUCUCUAUCUAUCUAUCCUUUUCUAUCUAUCUAUCUAACCAUCUAUCUACCUAUCAGCUUUUCUUUGUCUCUGUCUCUAUCUAUCUAUAAAUGUCUUUGUAUCUAUCUAUCUAUCUAUCUAUCUAUCUAUCUAUCUAUCUAUCUAUCUCAGUCUCUUCGCAUAUAUCUAUCUAUUUAUCUGUCUAUCUAUCUAUGUUCACAUUCUAUCUAUCUAUCUAUCUAUCUAUCUAUCUAUCUAUCUAUCAUCCUGACACUUUCUGUCACAUAUCCUUUAUGUCUCUAUCUAUCUAUCUCUCUAUCUAUCUAUAUAUAUAUAGUUUGUUCAUAUCUCCUUAACACUCUCUACCAUUCUCUUUCUCUACAAUCCUCUGUCUCGCUCUUUUUACAUCUAUCUAUCUAUCUAUCUAUCUAUCUAUCUAUCUAUCUCUAUGCGUUCCUAUUUAUCUAUCUAUUUAUUUAUCUAUCAUGUUAUGUAUAUAGAAGGAAUUAA